AGUGCCAGUGGCAGCGAUUUAAAAUAGAAAAUUGUGAAUGUUUCUUGCGUAGAUGUUGUAGAGAAUAGCGGUUUUGCUGUGGAAACUUCUGCUGUUUGCAACACUAAUCUCAUUUUAAUUUAGAAAUUACUAGUACGGUGAAACGGUGAUGAGUCAUAUACACAAAGAUGGACCAUACUCAUGGCUUUGGCUAACUGUAACUGCCAUUGUCUGUUUCACAUUUAUUGGCCUUGCAGACUCAAUGGGAAUUAUUGUUGCUGUGUUUAUAGAACGCUUGCAUGGGAGCAAUGCAAUAGGAGGUUGGAUAGGUUCAGUGAUAUUUUUUCUGGCUCUUGCGUUAACUCCACUGGUGGUAUAUAUUCACAGACGUGCUGGAUUCCGUUGGUGUAUGCUCAUCACAAGCAUAUUGUUCAGUUUCUCACUAUGUUUGACACCAUUCAUGACAAACACCAUCCUCAUAUUUUUUACUUACUCAAUUCCGUUUGGGUGCGUACUUAGUGUUAUUUCUACACUGACAAUUAUAACACAACGAGAAUAUUUUAGUAAAUAUUUUGGAUUAGCUGUUGGCGUGCGUUUUAGCGCAAACGCUAUUGGUGCUAUGGUGGUUUCUAUAAUUUUGCCAAUUAUUUUGGCUGAGUUCGGAUACAAGAUGACGUUUUUUUCCAUGUUGGUCUUCACUCCAGUUCUAUUACUCUAUGGUUUGGUUGCUCGUCAUCAGGCGCAGCAAGUCCAAGUUAGAGAAACGGAGAAAUGCGGAGAAUCUGUCACCUCUCUCUACAAGGAGUUCUUUCAGGAUAAAUCUUUUACAGUUUCUCUAAUCGGAGUGACAAUGUUUACUUUUACUUGUCUUAUUCCGCUAAUUUUUAUGGUUCGUUAUGGUGUGACAUUAGGUUAUCCUUUAUCAAAGGCAAAAUGGUUGAUGGUAACAAGAGGAAUAACAACGUUUGUAGCAAGAUUACUAGCCGGGCGUCUUGGUGAUAUUUUUUUAAAGAAUGGGAAAGUGAAAAUGGUCUCUCAAAUAACGUUUGUCGUGUUUGGUGUUUUGAAUUUCAUGUGUUCUUUUCUUCGUUCUUUUCCUCUGUUACUCGUUUAUAUGGGUUUAGUUGGGAUAGUCGAAGGCGUAUGGUGGGUGACGUACCCUAUCUUAAUAAUGGAAAUCACAGGAGGAUAUUAUUACAAUGAAGCAUACUCCUUAGUUUGUCUCAUUAUUGCGUUUGCUAUACUCCUUGGUCCUCCAAUAGUAGGUCGGAUUUUUGAUGUUACUAAUGACUUUCGUUACGUGUUUUACCUCGCGUUUGGAGUGUCUUUAUUAGCUGCAAUAACGCUUAAUAUUAGCUCACGUGUAAGAGUAGAAAGUGAACAAUCAUUAGUGCAAAAAGGUAAACUUGCUAAAGAGAAUAUGCCUUGUGAGACAGACAGAAGCCUAGACAAAAGCCAUUCCAUACUUGAAAGUGGCGUUAAAACAAAACUGGUUUAUGAAACUGCAGUGUAAAAAUUCUAUGUAAUCUUAAUAAACUUAUUUAAA